AUGCAGCAAACGGAAGCCGAGGUGGGCAUUAUUGAAAUGAUCAAGCUCGAGAACUUCAUGUGCCAUCGUCACCUGGAGCUGAAGCUGGGACCCAACAUCAACUUCAUCAUUGGCCAAAAUGGAAGCGGUAAGAGCGCCGUGCUGGUCGCACUCACUGUGUGCUUGGGAGCAAAGGCUGGCUUCACCAAUCGUGGAAAGAAGAUUACCAACUUCAUCCGUGGAGACGCCAGCUCGGCCUCUGUAUCUGUGACGCUGCGCAAUCGUGGCGCGGAGGCCUACAAGCCCGACCUCUACGGCAAGACCAUCACCAUCAUUAGGACCAUCGCACGGUCCGGCUCGUCGGGCUACAAAGUCAAGAGUGACAGCGGCAAGACGAUCGCGACAACGAGGCGUGAGGUGCUGAUGGUGAUGGAGCAGUUCAACAUACAGAUCGAGAACCCCUGUGUGAUCCUCAUGCAGGACACCAGCAGGGCGUUCUUGAACGCGAGUAAGCCCGCCGAGAAGUACAAGUUCUUCCUGAGCGCCACCCAGCUCCAGCAGAUCAGUGACGACUACCGCACAGUCGACGUCAAGCUGAACGGUAUGAAGCAAACGCUGGAGAAUAAGCAAGACGUACUGCCCGACCUGAAGAAGAGGGUCCAGGAGCUGGAGCAUCAGUUCAGGGAAGUGGCCAAGCUGCGCGACCUCGAAAGCCAGGUCCGCAAAAUGAAGGGCCACCUGAUUUGGGCGCAGCUUCAAGGCCGAGAAAAAGAGCUGGCCGAGUUGCGCGAGAAGGUCGAGGCCCGCCAGCGCGAGAUCGACAAGAACGACCAGGUCCUGGACAAGAUCAAGAACGCGACGCAAAAGCUCACGGAGAAGUACGAGGCCCGGCAGAAGCUGGUGGACGAAACCGGCGCGCAGAUCCGUGCGGCCACCGCGGAGGUCGAGACCUACCGCACCCAGAUCGGCGAGAUCAAGCGCGGCAUGAGCCACCACCAGAACACGGUCAAGGACCUGCGGAAGAGGCGCGACGAGCUGGCGCUGCGUAUCAGGAAGCUGCAGGAAUUCAUCAGCGACGUGCAGGAGAAGGCCAUGCGCGACACACAAGCGGAGAAGCUGGAGAGGCAGGAGAGGAUCGCGGCGCUGCAGGCGGCGUUGCAGGCGCAGCACGAGAAGGCCGAGGCGAUGGACCAGGAGCUCGCCGAACACGAGCGCCAGCGCCAGAGCAUCGACGCCGAACUGAAGGACCUCACCGCCAAGGAGCGCGAGGUCGUUCAGGAGGCACAAAAACUCGAGGGCCAGAUCCGCACGCUGGAGCUGCAGAAGGCGGACCGCACGCGCUGCUUCGGCCGAAACAUGCCCGCCCUGCUCGACGCCAUCAACAGGGAGCGUCGGUGGCAAAAGAAGCCCAUCGGCCCGCUGGGCCUUUGCCUGACGAUCAAGGACGACCAAUGGGCGACGGCCAUCGAAACCGCGCUCGGUCGUACCAUGGACGCCUUUGUCGUCGACAACCACCACGACGAGAAGAUCCUCAAGGAGAUCGGACGGCGCGUGGGGCAGGUGCCGGACAUGUAUGUGCAGCGGUUCCAAGACCGGGUCUACCACAUACCGGACAAUGCGCUGCCUCCGCCCCACCUCACCACCGUCCUCUCUCAGCUCCAGGCCGACGAAGUCAUGGUGUACAACUGCCUGAUCGAUCAGCGGCAGAUCGAUAACAUCAUUCUCAUCCCGGAUCGACAGCAGGCCUCACAGAUCAUGUUCCGACAACGGCCGCCGAACGCGAGAGAGGGCUACUUGCCGGACGGCUCGCGACUGCUGGUGCGCGGCGGCGCUGAAGUGUUCAACGCCGGAAACACGCGCGCGCGGAGGCUCGGCCGCAAUUUCGAGGAGCAGAUCCGGGACGCCCACGUUGCGCUCGAGCACAAGCAGAAGGAGGCCGCGCACUUCAGGCCGCGCGUGCAGGAGCUGCGAAGCGCUGCCGAUGCCCUCCGUAAGCAACGGGCGGCGCUCAAGCGGGACGAGGGUCGGCUCACGGCCGACAUCCACGAGCUCCAAUCGGUGCGAGAGGAGGCCCCGCCCGACAUCUCCGAAGCUCAGACCAGUCUCGAGGGUUUUCUGAAGACGAAGGAGGAGCUCGAGGCCGAGCUGGCCAAGGCCAUGGAGGUGGCCGGCCAGGUGCCGGAGGAGCUGGGGCCGUUGCAGGACAAGUUCGCCGAGAAGAAGGCCGAGAUCGAGAACCUGGCCGCCCGCAGCGAACAGAUCGCCGCCAAGCUCACGAGCGUGCACAAGAACAUCACCACCAUAGCGGCGAGGGAGAAGCAGAUGGUGCUCAACAAGGAGAAGCUGAUGCAGUCCAAGCUGGAGGAGGAGACGUCGCUGGCGGAGCAGCGCGCCGCGCUGGACGAGGAAAUGCGCCGGGCCGAGCAGGCCGUCCCGCGGCCCGAGGAGGACCUGCCGCCGCCGGCCCACCUCCAGCGCGAGAUCCAGAAAAUGGAGGCCCGCAUCCGCUCGCAGACGGACGGCCAACGGAGUCCGGCGGAGAUCACGCGCGAGUUCAAGGCGGCCAAGAAGGCGUACGACGAGGCCACGUUCAAGGUGCAGCUGUUGAGCAGCCUGCUCGAACUCCUCGAAAACGACCUCAGGGAUCGUCUGAACAAGUGGCUCCUGUUCCGUCGCUCCAUCGCCAACCGGACGACCUUCCACUUCCACGGAUUCCUGAGCCGCAAGGGCUACGCCGGGUCGCUCUCGUUCGACCACCAGCACCGCCACCUGGACAUCGAAGUGCAGCUCGACGCUGCUCAGGGCGGUCCGCAGGGCGCACGCGACACGCGAACCCUCUCCGGCGGCGAACGCUCCUUCUCCACCGUCGCUCUCCUGCUCUCCCUGUGGGAAGCGAUGGAGUCGCCCUUCCGUGCGAUGGACGAGUUCGACGUGUUCAUGGACGCAGUGAACCGCCACCUGUCGCUCAAGCUGCUGAUCGAGUCGGCCCGACAGCAGAGGCACCGCCAGUUCAUCUUCAUCACGCCACACGACCUCACCUCCGUCGCGUCGGGACCCGACGUGCGGGUGAACCGCAUGCGCGACCCCGAGCGAGCCGACAUCGUCGGCAUCGGCGCUCAGCAGACCAUCCUCGACCAGUACACCCAGUCUUGA